UUGUACAACAACAGCGCCUAGCUUGAUCGUUUCCUCAUCUCGCAGGAGAUCAAAACUAUUGUAUAAUUUUCAUGAUCUUCAACAAGAAAAGAGACCUCUCUUUCCACCAGAAAUGUAAAACCUUGAAAAUGCCAACUAAACUCCUCUCACAGUUCUUUCCAUGGCUUCUCUUCGUCACCCUUUCUCUCAUCUUUCUCUACUCCUCUCUCCUUCCCUUCCAUUCUCCUCCUUCUCCAACUCAACCUCUCAAAAACAUCCCCACUUCACCCAACGCCAAAUCCAAAUCCAAAUCUUUGAAAAAUGCAUGCAAUUUCUAUAAAGGCCAUUGGGUUUUCGAUCCCGCUCGGAGACCCAUCUACGACGAGACGUGCCCUUUUCACCGCAACGCUUGGAACUGUCUGAGGAACAAGAGGGACAACAUGGGCAACAUCAAUUCUUGGAAAUGGAUGCCUAAAACGUGUGAUUUGCCGAGGAUCGACCCGUUUCGGUUUCUGGAUCUGAUGAGAAAUAGGAAUAUUGGGUUUGUCGGGGAUUCUUUGAGUGAGAACUUUUUAGUGUCGUUUUUGUGUGUUCUUAGAGUGGUUGAUUUGGGUGCCAAGAAGUGGAAGAAAAAAGGGGCUUGGAGAGGUGCUUAUUUUCCCAAGUUUAAUGUCACUGUUGCUUAUCACCGGGCUGUUUUGCUCGCCAAAUAUGAGUGGCAGCCAAAACAACCUUCAGAUUUCAGUCAAGAUGGAUUGAAAGGAAUUUACAGGGUAGAUGUUGAUACCCCAGUGGAUGAUUGGGCCCAUGUUGCUGAUUUCUAUGACGUCCUUGUCUUCAACACUGGCCAUUGGUGGGGUUCUGAUAAAUUCCCAAAAGAGACACCCCUUGUUUUCUAUCAGUCAGGUCAACCGAUAAUUCCUCCGCUUGAGAUGUUGGAUGGACUUAAACUAGUUCUUCAGAAUAUGGUUUCACACAUACAAAAGGAUUUGCCCCAAAAAACACUCAAGUUCUGGCGCUUGCAAUCUCCAAGGCAUUUCUAUGGUGGUGACUGGAAUCAAAAUGGCAGUUGUAUGUUCAAUAAUCCUCUUGAGGAGCCUGAGCUCGACUUGUGGUUUGAUCCUAGAAACAAUGGAGUGAAUAAAGAAGCAAGAACUCUGAAUCUUCUGAUCCAAGAUGCACUGCAAGGCACAGAAAUCAAAUUGCUUGACGUGACUCAUCUGAGUGAAUUCAGAGCAGAUGCCCAUCCAGCCAUAUGGUUGGGAAAGAAAGAUGCGGUAGCAGUCUGGGGCCAGGACUGCCUGCAUUGGUGCUUACCUGGUGUUCCGGACACAUGGGUUGACAUCUUAUCAGAACUUAUCCGAACUGGGUUUGAGACAUGAAUGGAUGAACAGUGAAAAAAUCCCACAUAAGAUUUCAAGUCGAAUAUCCUACACAGUUGCAGGUAAGCAGAUUUGAGCAGAUUCUUUCCAGUUGUGGAGCUUAGCCAAGAUGAACUGCUUAACUAGAGACUAGGACAGCUUUCUGACAGAUGAAGCUUGUUCCUUCCUUUGUAGAGAUCAGAGAGGAAUAGUACAGCCGCAAAUUUGAAUUGUCUUGGAAUCCAAGGAAUUGAGGAAAAAAAAAAAAG